AUGUCAAGCGAUCUUGCUUCUUUCCAGCAACAUCUCUCAAGCUCAAAGCGAAUAAUAGCUCUAGUUGGCGCUGGCCUCUCUGCGUCUUCAGGCUUGCCCACGUUCCGUGGCUCUGGUGGUCUGUGGCGUAACUACGAUGCCAUGGACCUUGCGACACCGGAUGCUUUCCAGAAUGACCCAAGUUUAGUAUGGCAGUUCUAUUCAUAUCGACGGCACGCAGCCUUAAGAGCUAAACCUAACAAGGGUCACUAUGCACUGGCUGAGCUGGCACGACGUCGACCCGGACAAUUUCUCACGCUCACGCAAAACGUUGACGGGUUAUCUGCACGCGCACAACAUCCACAGGAAGACUUACUGUGCCUUCAUGGCGACUUAUUUACAGUUAAAUGUACAUCGUUCAUGUGUUCAUACAAACAGGAAGGUGUACUGGAUGACCCACUUACACCGGCACUUAAGGUGGAUGACGAAGAAUAUGCAGCAGACCCUAACUAUAAAAAACUGAAUGGUGGGGUGGCUACCGAGGACUCAGAUGCGCUUAAGAAGAGCAUUUUUGGGAAAGGCCCUCUCAUGGAACAACGUGAUGCCGGGUAUUCGAGUGGUGGGUUAACGACAACAGAUGGACUGACAACCGAUGGAACAGACGGUUAUUCCUCGUCGUCAUCAUUUUUUUUCCCCAAUGGAUACAAUGCACCGCCAACUGGUCGAAAAAAGAAGACAGAAGAAGUUGAGCCAUCAGUAAUAGAAAAAGAAAAAGAAGAAGAACAAGAACAAGAAGAACAAGAAGAACAAGAAGAAAGUAAAGAUAAUAAUGAUUCCCAUGCUCAUGCCAAAAAAAAGAGCCGCAAGAAAAAAUUCAUUACAAAAGAUAUCCCUAUCGAUCUUUUACCACGAUGCCCCUCCUGCAAAGUUGGUCUGCUACGUCCAGGUGUUGUAUGGUUCGGUGAGGCUUUACCAUUUAAUGUUCUCCAACGUGCAGAUGAUUUUAUCACAGCUGAUCCUCCUGUGGACUUGAUUCUUGUGAUUGGUACUUCGGGCAGCGUAUGGCCUGCUGCAGGGUAUGUCGAGCAAGUAGCCAUGCGUGGGGGGAAAGUCGCAGUUUUUAAUAUUGACGUGGAUGAAGAAUCGUCUAUUGCUACUGAUCUUAUCAAAAAUGGAGGUGGAUGGGCAUUCCAAGGUGAUGCCGCUGAAAUACUUCCCAAGGCUUUGGAGCCAAUAAUUGGUACUUUACGGCCUCAUCGUAAAUACUAA